AUGGGAAAGUAUUUGUCCUACCAUAAAUUCAAGUCGAUUGAAACGUUGACAUUGCGACAGGAUGUUGUUGCCGUUUGUUUUUCAAAAUAUGAAAUUUUUAUAGCAACUGAGGAUGACAUCAUAUUAGCGUACAAACUUGAAACUGAAUCUCUGCUGGAGGGAUGUUCAAAAAGAUUAACGCUGGUUGGAGGCACUCAAGCAAUUGAAUGCGACGAAAUGGGAAUUAUGCUGGCUUCCAUGGAAUAUGAAAAAGAUAAGGAAGGAAAAAACAUUGUCAGAGUUUAUUCAAAUUUGGAAAAUAUUUCAUCUUCGACGUUUGUUGUGUUUGCUGGUUACUCCAGAAGACUGAAACAUAGUGAUGCAGGUGACAUUAACAACAAAUAUAAAGUGUUAUCAAUUGAGAUCCCUUUAAAAUCAUCUGCAUCAUGUUUGCAUCUAAAUUCUUCUACUAAAAAUAUAUACAUUGGGGUAGAUAAAUUUGUUUUGAUAUACACUCCCCUGUUUAAUGAGGAGCACGGGGAAAAACUUGUGGAUGUCCUACUUUUACUGCAGAUUGAAUUUUCUUUUUCAAUUAAAGAUUUAAUUUCGUGUGAAGAGUAUUUUGCGGUUUUCACUAAAGAUGAGUGUCAGAUAGUUUGCUUGAACAUUAACAAAAAAGACAUUCAACAUGAUCCUCGUCAUUCAAGAGGUAGCGGGAAAAGUCAUUCGAAAGAUUUGUUAGUUAGAAAGCCGCACACCAUUAAAACAACGUUUUCAAGCGAUGGAAAAUUUCAUUUAAUUCCAACUCAAAAUUCUUCCGACGAUGAAUUGAAUCGUUGCAGGAGAUCAAGGACUAUAACGAGGCAGAUGGCUUGCAACUAUAAAGAGUUUGCUUUCAAAAACGAUCUCACAAGUAAAAAUUGCGACAAGAAUGAUUCCUCUGAAGUCACCAUCACUGAAACCGACUGCGGCGGACUGCUGAUGUUUGGGAAAAUUGACAAGUCGAAUUCUGUUUGCCCUCGAGUUGACGUCAUUUUUGAAUCGCCAUUAAGAAAGAGCUUCCACAAAGAACUGUCGUGCAUGAACAACGGAAUGAUGACCUUGGUGUACCAUAGACUUGAUUUCAACUCAGCUUACAAUUUCAUCAAACCUUUAUUCAUGCCUUUUUACUCGAACAAUGGCGAGAACUGUCUCAAUAGUUUGAAGCUAUCAUAUACUUCAUGUAAAAGAAGGAAAUUAGUCUGGGUGUCACUUUUCAUUUCAACUUCUUUCCAAGGAUCCUUAUUCACCAUAUCGGGAGGACGAGCGAAGCAUGUAAGCACAUUUCAACACGCCAGUCUUGUCUCCCAAAUAGCGUCCGAUAGGAACUACCUGUACGCCUCAAGUGUGCGAACGCUGGAAGUUUACGCCUGGCCACACAUUGACGACGUUGUGCCCAUUCGGAAGAAUCAAUUUGACGAUGCAUUGCUUUCAACUCGAUCUGCAAAACAAACCAUGUUAGUUGGCAUUGAGAAGUUUGAAUGGUGUGGGUUGUUGAACUCCUGGACAGUGAUGCACAACACAGAAACCAUCCUCUACUGCCUGCACUUUUCAACAAGCAGCAAGUUGCUGGUUCAAACUUUUCAGAAAGAGAGCACCGUUUGUCUGUCGAGGAGACUGUUGCAGAAAGUGGUUAGACUGACGAGUUUGCACCUGGAGGACCAGGUGAUGUUGCUCUUGCAGGCACACUCCAUGCUCAAAUUUCAAAGUUAUUUCUCCGACAAUCAGCCUGCCAAUAAAUGCAACAUCUGCAUUUGUGAUGAUUCCUCAACAUUAAACGGUUUCCAAAACGUUGAUCACGAAGAGACGUAUAAAAAUGUACUCCAGCACUUACGUGCAUGUGCUGCUGAUGCAAGAGAAACUUCACAAGACAGUUCGGAAUGUUGCAACGAAAAUGAGCAUCUGUUGAAAGAAGUCUCGCUGGUCCUUUCAUACCUAGCCCGCAGAAUCAGAGAAGUAGCUACAGAGAGAUGUGACACGCGAACCAUCAUAAAUUGCAGAGAGUAAUUUAUUACAUUGGCCAUGCAGCCAAUAAGAUGCAAUACGAUGAAAAUAAUUCAAUCGAUAAGUCGUGUUUUUUUUUGUUCUGUUUCCAUUCAGCUCCAAGUACAUAAAUAAAUAAAUCCGUCAACUAAUGAAUAAAUAAAUAAAUAAAAUGAAAAU